AUUGUGAGGCCCGGUGUCCAGUGUUCAGUUUUACUUCCGGGAGUCGUCUGACGAACAUACGUAAUUUGCACGACGUCUGAAAAGGGGGCCGUGUCUAGGGGCUUGCGUUGCUGUACGUACGUGCGUUAUUCUGCGGACACUACACGUUUUCGUUAGCCAUAGUCGUAAACAACCGGACAUAAUGAAGACAGGAGUCAGCCCGGUGGAUGUCGCAGUCGGACUGCUGGUACCGAUAGCUGCGUACCUGCUGUUUGUAGUGGCCAAGUUCCUGCAGAAAUACUGGCGGGAUUUCAACGUCGGGAGACAGUUUCCCUCCCUUCCCUACCACUGGCUGUACGGCAACACACACCUGACUGAUGGCCAUUUCGGUGAGAAGUACCUGUCCUCGUCAGUCGAUCUCAUGAAGAAACACCCCCAUGCCCAGACCUUCUGGCUGUCUGGCUUCAUGCCCUUGCCCAUUUUAACCCACCCGGUAACCAUCAAGCAGCUUCUAAAGGCUUCCACUCAGAAGUCUAUGGACUAUGAUCAACUACGGCCGUGGUUGGGUAACGGCCUGAUCAUGAGUACUGGUGACGUGUGGAAGGUUCACCGCCGUCUCCUCACGCCUGCCUUUCACUUCGAUAUCCUCAAACAGUACGUCUGUGUCUACAACAGGGCGGCGGAACACAUGAUGGAAAAACUUUCCCAGUACACUGGGAGAGAGGACAGUUUCGAGAUGUUCCACCAGGCGAGCCUCUGUACUAUGGAAGUCAUCCUGCAGUGCGCGUUUUCCGGAGGGGAAAUGUCGGAGCAAACCAAAAAUGAGUACGUUGAAGCAGUGAAGCGAAUCGGAAUCCUGCAAGUUGAGCGCAACUUCAACCCCCUGUACAUGGUGUUCGACACUAUCUUCUACCUCUCCCCGGGGGGACGGGAGUUCCUCCGCCUGUGUGACUUUGUUCACGACACAGGGGGUUCUAUCAUCAAGAGGAGGAGGCAAGAACUGGAACACAAUCCGGAAAUUUUGGCUGAGAAGAAAAGGCUGGAUUUUAUAGACACUUUGCUGAUGGCUCGAGAUGAAGACGGGAGAGGUCUGACAGAUCUGGAGAUCAGGGAGGAGGUGGACACGUUCCUGUUCGCCGGCCACGACACGACAGCCAGUACCCUGUCCUGGGCCCUGUACUCCCUGGCUCAACAUCCGCACCAUCAGGACAAGGUACGGGAAGAAGUGGACCAGCUACUGGCCGGCAGAGAGGAGGACACUAUCCAGUGGGAGGACCUCCACAAACUGCCGUACCUGACCAUGUGUCUGAAGGAAGCCAUGCGGCUCCACUCUCCCGUUCCUUUCAUCUCCCGCACCGUGACGGAAGACACCGUGAUAGACGGGGUCCACAUCCCCGAGGGUUCGUACAUAGGGAUCCACCUGUACGCGCUGCACCACAACCCGGACGUCUGGGGAGAUCAGCAUAUGGAGUUUGACCCAAGUCGUUUCCACCCUGACCGGAUGAAGGACAUGGACUCUCACGCUUUCAUGCCGUUCUCUGCCGGACAGAGGAACUGUAUCGGACAGAACUUUGCCCUGAACGAAGAAAAGGUGAUUCUGGCGCGUCUCCUCCACAAGUUUACCUUUGACCUUGACCCCGCCCGUCCCGUGGAGAAGGACAUGAUAGUUGUGAUGAAGACCAGGGACGGCAUGUGGAUGAAGGUCAAGUCUACAGGGCAGACAGAUGACUAGUUGGCAGACAGGGACAUGUCGUUAUGUAACAAGGAUUAAUGUACUAAGAGUUGAUAGGCUUCGUUAUACCCCCUCAUAGCGAAAACAUGCAGUCUGCGAGCUCCAAAUUCUGAGCUCAUGCCUCCUCGUAAUUUAGAGAUCGCAGACUCGGCGUCCGAUCGAUUUUCGCUACAUGUGAGGGGGGAGGGGGUAUUAGGAAUCGGCUUGGUAAAAAUUGUUAGGACCACCUGUUAAUAUAUCCUCGUUCAUUGUUGGUGUUCAAAAGAUCCUAAUGUUUUCUGAGUAGUGGCCGUGGCUUCUCUUAUAAUUCCUUUAAUGCUUCAUCAAAUACUGACGUCAUUUAGUAAACUUACCCAAAGGUAUGACAUUUUACUUUCUGGUGACUUUGAUUGGGUGAAUCAUGUAACAUGACACGGAUAAGAACUGUGUCUUUCGAAUAUACAUAAUUUUUAACUUCGUAGGGCAAUCAUGAAGAUAAGAAUCUGUAGUCACAGACUGAACGUAGAAAUCGGAAGAUGUAAUAGAAUACCUCAUAACAAGCUAGGGGUUUGGUCAGUUAUGUCCAAAUGAGAUCGAAGGUGAACGUCACUUUGUUAUGGAUUGUUCACGAUAUGGUGAUAACACACAAAGGUGUUCGCAUCUCUUUCCGUUUGCUCAAAAGAAUUUGAUACAUACGUUUGAUCGAUAACUCCAACUACAUUCUUACUGUGCACAAAUAGGCAAUAUAUCAGAGAAUGUUUAGACCUUAAACUGACAAAUACUAGUGGUGUAAAUGAUAAAGUUGACCUGUUGAUAUAUUCAUAUCUAUUCAUAUACAUAUAUAUGGGUAAUUCAUUUGUAUACCUGUCUUUGUCUAGACGUAUAGUUGUGGUAGACCUUACGAAAGUCGAUGCACCUUUUAUGUUGGGUCAAUAAAGACUUCACUAUAAGAA